AUUCCGCGCGCCAUUGCAGCAUCUUCCGUCUCCUGCUCUUUAGCUUUUUGGCCCACCUUCCCUCCGCAUCUUCCUUUCGUUCCCUUCCUUCAUCCUCUUGCAUCCACGUAUCUUCACAUCUUCUCUGUUAUCAAGGAGAUCAACCCUUCUUAACUGGCUCGACUCUUUCACUUGUUUGCUCCAGGGGCUGCUGUGAACGCGUUUGACGGCGGUGGAUACCUCGGGUUAUUCAUCCACGACUCGGAUCGAUAGGCAGUUGUAACCUGUGCAAUUGUGGUUCAACAUGUCACUCUGAUACUUUAGACGAGGAAUCUGCAGAAAACUUGUGAAUCAAAUCAAAGCGGAGUUGUUGAUUUUUCGGUUGGUUUGAACUUAAAACAUGGCAUCGUCUGCGUUAGUCUGCGACAUUACACCUGUGGAGGGUGUCAAUAUUACGAUCAAGACCGACAAUGCCUCCAAGGAUUUUGAAAUUGAAUGGAGAGACUCCCGAUGCUUGCCCUCUUCGUCAGAUGCCGAUGUCAGCAGGAAUGCUACGCCAAGGGCUUUCAAUGAAAACAGCAGGAACAUGAUGGGCCUUGUCUCGCUCCUCCAGAAGAUCGUUUUUGGUGAAUUGGUUGAUGAAAAACUCGGGAGUGGCUGCAAACAGGCAAGGAAUCGGUACUCAUCGAGAGAAACUGGGACAACAUACAUCCACCUGCAACAUCGCACCUCGCGGCACCUUGUACAAAAGAUUGAGGUCUGCACUGACAAUGCUGGAGAUCUCGUUAAAGCAUGUUUGCUCAAUGAUACGAGAGAGCCGACCGUGUUGAAGUCUCCUUUGGCGAUUUUAAAGCAACUCGGCAAGAUGUGUUCUAGUGAGGAGGGAUGGACUCUUAUCCGCCCAGUCGUCUGGGCUGAUCUCCCUUCUGAACUUUGGUGGCAUGUCCUGAAGAACAUGACUGCCAAGGAAGGUUCUGCUAUGGCGUGUACAUUUUCCACAAUCCCGAACAUCAUUCGCAAUCCAAACUUCGUUUGGCUUCCUUCAGAACUUCAUCUUGUUCUGCUCACUGCUCAGGAAGCAGUAAGAUGCGAUCCAAGCACGCAUCUACCGCUCAACCUGCAGCAAGGGGAGUUUAAGAUUGGAAGAUCGCGCACAAAUGACGUGGUUCUUCUUCGUGACCCUGAAGUGAGCAAAAGGCACUGCAAGAUUUGGCGCGAUGCACGUGGAGAUGUGUAUAUCCAGGAUCUUGCCUCGACAAACGGCACAAAGCUGAAUGGAGACUGGCUUCGACCUGUUGGAGAGGGCAACGAUCGAGCCCCAUCCGCCCCGAGAAAGAUGGUUGUCGGCGACCAGGUGACCCUCGGGCUCACGACAUUGCAGCUCGAGGACGGUCCUUGCCCUCCACACUCAGCUGCGACCAGUCCAUCAGUGGUGCGACCAGAAGGUAGUGCCACAAGUCCGUCAUCAUGACGAAACAAAUCAAGGCACAGAGACAAAAACGCAAAACCAAGUUCUCUAUUCACCAACAAUCUCUAUCUUCUUUUUGAUUUUGUCCAUUUUCGUCAAGGGCGUCUCUCUUUCGAAGAUCCCUUACAAGUUACUUGUAGAUUUAAUUGAAACUCACAAACCG